UCUACGGUGGCCUAUGUCCAACGAGGAGUUUCUAAAUUUUCCCGUUAUAAGAUAUAAAUUUCUUUAUUAGGAUGACCAUGAUUUCAAAGGCUGCAGUAGGCAUUGCUGUUGGCAUAGCUGGAAUAUUUGUUGGAUAUUGCUUUUACUUUGAUCAAAAGCGUCGUAGUGAUCCAAAUUUCAAAAAGAAUUUGCGUGAACGUAGAAAAGCAAAGAAAGAAGCUCAAAGUGCCACAUUAAAAACUCCAGACAUCACAGAUCAUGAAGUUUUACAAAGAUUUUUCUUACGAGAGGUUCAACUUGGAGAAGAAAUGCUUACGUAUGGUGAUGUAGAAGCAGGAAUUCAACAUUUAGGAAAUGCAGUUGCAGUUUGUGGACAACCUAUACAAUUAUUACAAGUUCUUCAAAAAACACUGCCACCACAAAUUUUCCAUCUUUUAUUACAACGAUUACAACCUAUUAGCCAGAAACUAUCAACUCAAAUUUCAAUGGCUGAUGAAGAUGUUGAAUAAAAUACUAUACAAAUUGCGUUGAAUAUUUUAAAAUAAAA